CGAAACUAAACGAAACCAGUCAUGUGUGGCUUUUGAUUAUAAUAUUCAUAUAUUAUUUAUAGUAUUGGCCUCCUCUUCCCCAGAUGGUAUGGUCUUACACCAUCAGUAUCGGCUGCAGCGCAGUUGUCUGCCCCUCUCUGACCACCAGGACGCGAGCUGUCAAGGACGCCAUGUAUCUCGUCUGCUACUACUAUCCCAGACAUUGUAAAGAUGCUCCCCAACAUCAAACGGGGACCUUGGAAAAGUGUUCCCAACAAGGCGAGCUACAACGUCCUCCUCCCACCCUACCUCUCCCCGCCCACACAGUCCUCAAGGGUGGCCAACCCUCUCAUUCAGAAGUCCACUUAUCGGGCACAGACAUCGCCGGCCCGGCCACCAAACUACGUCAAAAAGGACAUAUUCGAUAAUGAUAGACGUGGGAACAGGAUAGAAGGGGAGAGGGAGGAAAAUACGUAUGAGCGAAGGACGAAUAGGAUUAGUGAAGAGAGCAACAAAAACAGAUAUGAUCGACAAAGAAAUCGGAUAAAUCUGGUGAAAGAGGACGAUUCCAGUUCCAGCGAACGGCGCACAAACCGGGUAGAUCAAACAAAUCGGAUAAAUCAAGCUAACCGAAUAGAUCUCAACUCACGACCCGCAAACAGGAUAGAUCGAGAAAACCGGAUAAAUCAAGUGAACCGAGUAGAUCUCAACGCACGACCCACAAACCGGAUAGAUUCAACAAACCGAAUUGCUCAAGGAAAUCGAUUAGGUCAAACAAACCAAAUCGAUCAAUCCAGAAACGGUUACCCCUACGAACGACGUACAAAUAGGAUUGAGCCAGACUCUACGUAUCAACAACGACACCGAACACGUAAUCAUACACGUCACUAUGACGUCACGGAUUCCAGUCGACGUAGAAGUGACCACGGAAACAACAUCGCUCUGUCUAACCGAAUCCCUGAAGUAAGAGAUCCCGUUAGGUACAACCGACCUACGGUCAGCACAGACACACAAAAAAGGCAGCACAUGAACGUUAAUAUCGCUACUCCACCCAACUGGUCAAACAACAGACGUUACAACCAGAUCACUGGACAUCGGUCCCCUCCGUCCACUGAGAUGUCAGACAAAUAUCCCAGACUACCCCAGGGCCCUUCAGUUAACCAGACUUCUAGGAGAUAUGGACAACACACCAACAGAAAUUACCAACUUCCGCGAAACCAGUACAGGCAGUCUCUUCAGACGACACAACCUCCAUCGACAAGAACCACGGUGGAUGGUAUCCUACGUUCACCACAAAGACCAUCAGUUUACAAUCAAGUAGAAUCUUCGUACCAGAGACCAUCUAGAAGACAACCAAAACCUGUCGUUAUAAAAGCAGUUUAUAAUAAGAAAGACUCUUCCAACAACAGGAUUCUGUCCGGACAACGAACCUCAGCUACCACAGUGACGUCGUCGCCAUACAGGUCAUCGGUGGUUGUUAACAUUCCCAGACAAAGACAAAGACAACCUCAGGUAGAUAUCCCCAUUCCUGCAAAGCGGUUGACAACCCCGAAGGCAAGAGUGACGUCACCGCCUCGAUGGCUUCCGUGGAUUACGACAUCAACGACAAGACCAUUUGUACCCAGAAUUCCUUCCUCUCGACAAGAACAAUACGAAAAUAUCAGAAACGGGUCGUUGCGGAGAGGACCAUAUACACUCGUGCACGUAAUUUCACCUACACGGAAUAAUUCAGACGCUAAACGACCAUCAACGAAUGUCAAGUCGCCCCGAGGACGAAACCCUUCAGAAGCUACCGUCACGCCUACGAGACACAGAGGGUCAAUUUCGAGGAACAAAAUAGAGAGGGGAAAUAUUUCUCAUGUCACAGCCACCUCCAACACCGGAGAACUCUCACACACUGCUCAUCUAAAACCUUCAAGACAACACCAUUUUUCACGCUUGCAGCCCUCUACUAGACACCAUGGCAGGACACACCAAAGUAAAACUUCUAAACCGCGAGAGCGUACUUCCGUUGAUUUGACGUCACACACUAAGAAACAAAAGCCGGAGAAGGGGAAUAACUUACUACCUCAGCCACUCAGAGCGAACUCGACAAAGAAAAGAGUUCCAUCAACAAUGCCAACUUUAACUUUACCUCCCUUGGUAACCAAUCCGUCCACCGAGAACAAACAAAACAGGAUCACAGGCAGUACCAACCAAACAUUAACAACGGGGAGGACACAUAAGUCUAAAUUCUCAAAACUGUCCCCAAAAUGGCGUGAAGAAUCUACACAAUAUGAAAUAAGCAAGAAGCAGCGGAAAGACAAAAAUAAAGACAAAGACACAUCAGACACAAGUAGUUCUGAUUCCGUAAGCAAAACGAAGAAAAGGGAACAAAAUAUAACUGACAACCGAGUGGGGAAUCCCGAAGACACGAGAGAAAAGCCAAAACACAAGAAGAACAAAGGGGCUCGCUCUAAGGCGCGGAAAUCUCAAAGAGCUCGGUGGAGAGCUGAGGAGUCCGGCAGUGAGACAGAGAAGAAAGCGUGGAAAUAUCACCGGAGGAACGGCAAGGUCAUGAAGAACGGACAACACUGCGGGGACAGGCAUCCGGCCUGCAGCGAGUGGAAGUCCAAAUGCUCCAGGAGUCUGGCCGUGAAACUGACAUGUCCGUUUUCGUGCGGCAAAUGCGAGGAGCCGCCGGCCCGGAUGGUGGCAGACGCCCCCAGGAAGAGACGCCGAUACACCAGCUACCACGUACAGGGCCGAAAGCGGAACCCCAAGAGUUACCACAGAGGUCGCCGCGCACGGAGACUUAGGAACAAAAAGAGGAGCCGGCGGAGGAGUGCCAAGAUGACCCCAAGCACGCCAAAAGCUGCCAGUAUUGGGCCAAGCUGGGCUCCUGUCAGAGAAAUGUGCUCAUCAGCUCAGUCUUCUGCCGAUGGUCGUGCGCCUCGUGUGGCUGACCUGCUCAUUCUUUUGUUGUAUGGCGUUAAAGAUUAAUGACGUCAAAGAUUGUAUGGCGUCAAAGAUUGUAUGACGUCAAAGAUUGUAUGACGUCAAAGAUUGUAUGACGUCAAAGAUUGUAUGGCGUCAAAGAUUGUAAGGCGUCAAAGAGUGAUGGUGUCAAAGAUUGAUGACGUCAAAGAUUGAAGGUGUCAAAGAUUGAUGGUGUGCAUACCCCAAGCCUUUAACUGAAAUCGAAAACCCUAUGGUAUCGGUAUUCCACACAGUACUUAAAGGUUACUUGAUAACUUGAUUCCAGAACUGUAGUCUUCACAAAGUGGAUCUACUCAUAACUCCUCGCCCUCCUCACCAGGGUCCGUCUUUAGAGAUGUUAUACUGAUGGUUUCCACCAGUAACUGAUUGCUGAUUUGUCUACCUGUGUUAUGGAGGUUGUUGAGCUUCAACUGUCCUGAAAGUUAAAGUGAGAAUGUGAAAACUAGUAACUUCGUGCUGAACUGAUAUCUGGAGAUUCAACGACGAAAUGUUAUGAGAACUAGAAAUUUCUUUUAUUCUUCCUUAAAACUCUGCUGAGAACUGUCUGUUGGACAUGCGAACAUACUUCAACCUAGUCAUUCGACAUUGAAAUAUAAUAUGUGCCUUUGGGAACACAUUAUAAUCCAACAAGAAAACUACAACGACAUAAUAUCCUAUAUAUAGAAAAAAAAUGCUGGUGAGAACAAUCUAUAGGGUCCAUGGCGAUACUAAGAAAAUACGAAAUAGAA